CUACAGCAUUGGGUAUUUUCUACCUCGCUAAAUGCGGUCACACUUAAAAGUUCACCUAAACGCUUUAUGCUCGAAAUUUUGAUCGCGAGUUUUUUCGAAAACUACGACUAUUUAUCUCCUGAAUACCCAAGACCUAUCGCGCAGUGCAUCCACUAACUCAACAGCAUUAGUAAUUUACCUCGAUAUCGAAGGAAAUUUGAGGAUUGGACAAUGUCCAGCGAAGCAUCCGGAAGUAUUACCAUCAAAGAAGAAGCAUCCACGAGCGCUACGGCCACCAGUAUUCCUGUAGAAUCCGGAGAAGCAGAGGCUAAGAAAUCCGAGAUCGGAGCUGACAAGGCGGAAUCGCAGACCGAAGCCGAGGGCGGGAAGGCGGCGGAGACGACGGAGACCCACUUGAAGCGUCUGCAGAAUCUGCGCAAGGAAUUGGGCUACCUCAGCGAAACCGACUGGAUGUACGAGAGUCUCGACAAGAAAGCAGCGCAGUAGAAACCCCAGAGC